AUGUUAGACGACUGGAUCUAUUUCCUUCUCCCUCGUAUUUUUUGUGGCUUGGCCUUCACUGUGAACCCCAUUUUUGUCUACCUGAUUUUCACCGAGAAUCAAGCAAAGUUUGGGAACUACCGGUUCCUUCUACUCUUCUUUGCAAUGUUCAAUUUGAUAUAUUCGGUGGUUAAUUUGAUUGUUCCCUUAGACAUUCACAGCUACCGUUACUGUUUCUUCCUGAUCACCAGAAAUGGAUGGUUCGUGCAAUACUCUGAGUUCAAUUUCCACAUGAUGACUGCCCGUUGCUCCUUGGUCGCCGCCAGCUACGCCAUUCUUCUCAUUCACUUCAUUUACCGAUACCUAGCCAUCCAUAAUUCCAGUCUCACCCGCGAAAAAUUUUAUUGGUACAUGCUAUUCUCCAUCUUUGUUUGUGCUUUGUACUUUGGAGUUUGGUAUGCCAUUUGCUACUUUCCGGGACAGGCCAAUAUGGAGAUCCGAGAAUACAUUCGUGAGGAAUUUCGAAAGAUCUACGGAAACGACUCGAUGGACUUUAACAUUCUGGGUGCUCUUUUCAAUGAGGGGUCCGAUGAAACUAGAUUCAGAUCUUGGUUGGCUGUCUUGCUUUGGACUGGCGUCUCUACCGUAUCCAUCAUAAUGUUUUUCGCAUUGGCGAUUACUAUAGUGACACAUUUGAAGAAUAUGACGAGAAGCGCAAGCAAAAAGACUUCCAAGUUCCAAGUCGACCUGCUUCGAGCUCUUGUUGUCCAAACGAUUAUCCCCAUUGUUAUUAGCUUCUCUCCGUGUCUUCUCUGCUGGUAUAGUCCGAUGUUUGGAAUUCAGUUGCCUAGGAGUUUCAACUACUUCGAAGCCAGCGCUUUGGGAGUCUUUGCUUUUGUGGAUCCGGUGGCUAUCACUUUGAGCCUUCCGAUUUUUCGUAAACGAAUCUUCUUAGUCUGUCGUCAUCCAACUACGAUGUUUACGGCGGGAAAGUCCAGUACGGACCAUGCCACUCAUUGA